AUGGCGGAUACAUCCGCGAACUGCCUACCAAAUGACCAGGGCACGGAACAGGACGAGCCACAGCCGACGGUGGAGUUGGUGGACGAGGACCCGAGCCCGGAGGGCGCCCCACUCCGAUGCCAUCCUUGCGGCGACGACCCAGGGACCGUAACCAUCACCGAGUUGCCCUACAGUCCUGGCGACCCCGAGAUGGACAGCGACCCGGGAAUGAUCCCACUGGUAACGGAGCCAGAGGAGGAGGAUGCGGAGAACCACGAGACACCUCGCAACAGCCCACCCGGCAUCCCGGAACGAGAGGUAACCCCGCCGGCGAGCGACCACGAUGGACCCGCUGAGUCCCAGGGUACCUCGCGGCCUACGACCUGGGGGACGCUUAGAGUAAGCGGGUUAAUAACCCUGUCCCCGAAAGGUCCGAAACACUUCACCAUGCGCCGUGCCGCCGCCCCCGGCCCAGCUGCCUCCGCAGUCGACCGGGCGGCGUGCGCCACGCCACCCUUCCAUGCGCCGUGCCGCUGCCCACGGCCCAGCUGCCUCCGCAGUCGACCGGGCGGCGUGCACCGCGCCACCCUUCCAUGCGCCGUGCCGCCGCCCCCGGCCCAGCUGCCUCCUCAGUCGACCGGGCGGCGUGCGCCGCGCCACCCCACCGCCGAGCGUCACGACGCCGCGGGGAACAGAGCGGGCCCUACCAGCUGCAGUCGGGGCUAG